UGAAACGUCUUCAGGAAAAACCCCAAGUUCAGAGAGCACCAAGGACCUCACAAUCCUCUUCCACCCCACAACUUCCACUCCCUUGGUGAUGUUACCUAGCUGGGGUGUUCUUCUUUUUCUGUUUUGGCUACUGACCUACCGAGGCUGUUUAAAUGAGAAUGUCCUUGGCCCAGAGGGUGCUACUCACAUGGCUCUUUACGUUACUCUUCCUGAUCAUGUUGGUGUUAAAACUGGAUGAAAAGGCUCCCUGGAACUGGUUUCUCAUAUUUAUCCCCGUUUGGAUCUUUGAUACCAUCCUCCUAGUGAUGAUCAUCGUGAAAAUGGCUCGCCGUUGCAAGUCCGGCUACGAUCCUCGCAACGGUUCUCAGAACCUCAAGAAAAAGGCUUGGUACCUUACGGCGAUGCUUCUGAAGCUGGCUUUCUGCCUCGCUCUGUGCGCGAAACUGGAACAAUUCACCGCCAUGAAACUUUAUUACGUCUUUAUUCCCCUUUGGAUUCUGCUCAUUGGAGGGAUGAUAGAACUGGGCUAUAAUAUUUUCUACGUAAGGAGGGACUAAACUUCCCCCCCCCUCCCCCAACAUUCCUGAGAUUCAACAUUUUUUUUCCCCAAUAACACCGCAAUGAGCUUUACCGCCUCUAAAAGGAAUGAUUUCAAAUAGGCAUUUGCUCUGCAAGUUGUUAGACGUGGUUCUUCGGUAUGCGAAGCGGGGCCAUCUGAUCUCCAUGUAUAUAAUGUAAAUAAAACAACCUCAUAUUU